AUGAAAUUCCUUGCUGUUUUGGCAGAGAGUGGUGCGGCUGACACUCUGUCAAAAAUCAUCGAAUUUGUUGCAAAGAUGUGCAAAGAUAAGGUGACGUUACGAAUUACACCUGAUGCGUUUUACCUACUCAAUCCUUGUCCAUUAGCUAAUAAUGGAAAUUAUUUACAAAUAACACUUAAUGUGGCCGAAUUUUUCUCAACAUACAUAAUGGGUGGUGUGUCGGAAGAAUUCAACGAAAUCUAUAUGGAAGUGGAGAAAGAUUAUUUGUUCAAAAGUAUGAAUGUGAAGGAUCGAUCGACGAAAAUUCGAUUGAUCAAACUUGGCGAUGUACCGCAUUUAAAAGUGGAACAGAGGUCAUGCGGAAUGACUCAUGAAUUACCUGUAGUACUGAUUCCAACCAAAUAUUGGAAGACCUAUGAUAUGCCGGCUUUAAAUAAUAUUUCGGUUUCUCUCUAUCUUCCACCACUAUCAACAGUACGUAGUUUGGUGACUUCGUUCAAGAAUAUGGGAGUAAAAUAUAUAGAGAUUAAAGGAAGUCAAGAAAAUGAACUUCAAUUUUGCGGUGACUUAGAUAUGGCAAACAUUGCUAUAUAUUUCUCGAAUCUUUCUGCUGUUUCGUUGCAGAAUGGUUAUGUAAUUGAUGCAGAUGAUCCAGGUGCGUUACGAACAGUACGUGUUGAUAUUAAAGCAAUUUAUUUCUUUCUUCGCAGUUUUUCCGCUCUUUUCACAAUGUCGCAAAUAUUGCUCAGGAUUGUACCGGAAAAGAUGGCAGUAUUUUCAGUGGAGCAAAAUGAUGCUUCAUUACUUUAUAUCAUGAGCGGAAUGGCAUAA